UCCCACCAAACCCUUGCUUAAAAUUCCUCAUUUCCUCACGAUUUCGCUUUCAUUUCAAUUCCCAUUUCCCUCUCUCUCUCUCUUACAGCCACUGAUUCAUCGAGAUUUUUUCGUCCGAAGAAAAAAAAAACCCUAGCAUUCGAAUUUCUGUGAAGAAGAAGAAGAGUUUCUGUGACCAACGACAAGUGAUAUGGGUCAGAUCCAGUACUCCGAGAAGUAUUUCGAUGACACUUACGAGUAUAGGCAUGUCGUUCUUCCUCCGGAGGUAGCCAAACUGCUUCCCAAGAAUCGCUUACUGUCGGAAAAUGAAUGGCGCGCCAUUGGUGUACAGCAGAGUCGCGGGUGGGUUCACUAUGCCAUCCAUCGCCCUGAGCCACACAUCAUGCUCUUCAGGAGGCCUCUCAACUAUCAACAGCAGCAGCAGGAGAACCAAGCCUAAGCUGAACUUGUUUCCUAAGAAGUAUUCAAUGUUAUAGAUUUCAUGUUUUAAGUAUCUGGAAAUGAGAUACUAGUUACUUGAGAAGUAUGUUUGUUUAAAGAAGUUUGAAUGGUAUGAUAUAUGUGUACUUGGGCUAUAUAGUUCUCCCAUUCGGAGAAUUUCACCUACUACUUUUGUUAAACCGGAGCUUUGGAUGAUUUUGUGUCGUUUGUACUGCUGAAAGACUAUAUUGACAGUUUAGGUUUAUCCGCUACUGCUUUCUUGUUAUGUAAGCCUCUCGUAUUUUAUGUUGUGAUUCA